AUGGCAUUGGGUUGGAACAAGAGAAAUAUUAGAAUUUUAUCCAUAACUGGGGUUUUGUUAUUCGUUAUAUUUUUGAUUAGUCAAAAUAAUAAUGGGAUGUUAACAGAUCCUAGUGGACUAAUUUCUGAUGCUUUUGAGUCUACUUCUGUUAAAGGUAUGAUAGAUAGUGAUAAUGUUCGUGUUGGUGGUAAAGUAAGAUAUUCUUCUGACGAUCUAGUCAAAGGUACGGCUAAAGACGAUAAAGUUAAUGCUGAAAUUGAUAAGAUUAAAGAAGAAGUAGGGUUACCAUUUAAUGAUAAUAAUAAUAAUAAUAUUGCUAACAAGAAAUUGACGACUGAUAAUAAUAAAAAUAAUGUUGUCAACGAAAAAUCUACAGUUCAAAAUAAUGCUGCUCAACGUGCUGUUCAAGGUGGAUCAGAACCUGUAAAGUUUGACCCUGCCCAGGAAUAUGCUAUAAUCAGCGAAUUAUCUCCAAUCAUCUUAUAUACAAAGACUUUCUGUCCUUACUGUAAAAGAUUGGCUAAACUAUUGGAAGAAUCUUAUUCUUUCCAACCAGAAUUCCAUGCUGUUAAAUUGGAUAAACAUACUCACGGUGAUGAGUUACAACAAUUUGUUAACAAACAAACUGGUCAUAAUACCGUGCCAAAUUUUGUAAUUAAUGGGAAAUCAUUAGGUGGUUAUGAUGAUAUUUUGAAAUUGCAUGAAGCAGGCAAAUUAAUAGAAACCAUCCAGGAGAUGAGUGAUUAUUCUGUUGUCGUCAAAGCUAUUGAAAAGCCAUCAAAUUCUUAA